AUGGGAAGUUCACAAGAAGAAAUUCAAGUUGUAAAAAAGGCUGAUUCUAAGAUUAUACAUCAACUUUCCAACAAAUCGAGAUCGAAAUAUGCAAUAAAUCCAUAUAAAGAUGUAAAUAGAGUUGAAGAUUUAUCAGGACAUGAUUAUACGUUUCAUAGGAUAGAAGUAAUAGAAAAUUUUCCUGAACCUGAAAAAGCACGUAAUAUAUUAGAAAGAUUAAGGGAUGAUAAAGGAAUUAGAGCGAUAAUGAAGAAACAUAAAUGGAAUGUUGGUACUUUACAAGAAUUAUCACCAUCAGAAAGAACAAUAUUAGGUUUUAAUAGAAAUUAUGGACAAUUAAUAUCAUUAAGAUUACGUACAAAUGAUAUGGAAGGAUUUAGACAUUAUCCUGAAAUUAGGAAAGUUUUAUUACAUGAAUUAACUCACAAUGUUUGGGGUGAACAUGAUGAUAAUUUUCAUCGUUUAAACAGACAACUUAACAAGGAAGUUGUUAAUUUGGAUUGGACGGCAUCAGGAGGUAAUAAAAUAUCAAAUGGUGAAUUUUAUAACCCUCCAGAAGAAGAAAAAGUCGAUGAGAAAGCAUGGCAAGGUGGAUCUUUUAUACUUGGUGGAAGUUCAGAUCGUUCUAAGACAUUGUCGAAACGUGAACUUUUAGCUGAAGCUGCUUUAAUUCGUCUAACAAAGGAAGAGGAAGAAUUAAAUGAAGGAUGUGGUUCCGGAAAAUUAUAG